CAUCGAUGAACGAUAACAGUUUGUUUGGAAACUUCAAGAAAUAAACAAGUGUAAAUCUAAAAAAAAAAUCAUUUCCAUAUAAAAGUGAACAAAGAUAUUAAUUAUGAGUGGUGCAAGUGCAAUAAUGAAUUUCACUCCAUCGGAUGUAGAUCCUGAGAGGAAUAUGUCUGUUCAAGUGAACACAGAACCUCACGGUUCACAUCCGAAAGAACAAAAAUAUAAUUACAAUUUUGGCUUUCGGAAAAUUGGUGAUAAAUUAAUCGAAACUAAGGAGAACUCAUAUCAGUGGCAUAUGCCACAUAAUGUUGAAUUGAAAUUGAUUUUCACUGCUGAACCCGAACACACUUUAUCGCAUAUUGAUAUAAAAUUGGAUCAAACUUCUACUGAUCAUGAUGCAAAAAUUAUUGGCGGUGGAAUUGGUAAAAAUUAUAUUGAAGUUAUGGUAACUGCUCGGAAUACUUAUUGGUUUAAGUACGAAGCACGUGCUUUUCAACGUACAUCAUUAUUGCAUGUAUUUUUAGAUAAAACUGGUAAAUGAAGAAAAAC